AUCAAAAAGAUCGCGUUUCGUAAUUCAUGAUAGCAUCGAGGACGGCUGAUGACAAUCAUGUCUUUUCAUGCGAACAUGUUAACAUCAUCAUCCUGUAGAUUAUUAGCAACAUUUGGUUCCUCUCAGGCCCACCAGCUGUUUAGAAACACUCGCCAAAGAUGCUUGUCAACGUUACGAUAUAAAAGUCAAUGUCAAAUAAGCGCUGUUUUUGGCUUAGUUCGCGCUUCCCAGAUAGCAUCAAGGGGCCUUAAUAAUUUCAUUUUGCAAAACGCCUAUGCCCCUAUUUUUUGCAUUUCAACUAAAACAUUCUCUACCGGCAGAAAUAGACAUGGCAAUAGUACAUCGCCAGGAGAGAUGAAAAGAGAGCUUCAAUCAGGGAUGUAUGGUGAGAACUUUCGGGGACGAAUGUUCGACAUAAGGAAUACGUCAAAACUAGUGACAUCAUUCUCACGUUUACCGGUUUUUGAGCUUAAGCGAAUGUGGUUAUUACACAUAUUACCGUCAUAUUACUUGGGAAAAGUUGACCGAAGUUUUUCUGCAGGUCAGUUCAUGGGAGGAGCAGAUAUGGCUGUGGAACCAAUACUAGAAUCUGCUGGCAGUGGAAACUAUGAAGAACUUUAUGAAUUUAUGGAUGAACAGACGAUAGAAGAAAUGCAGUUAAACCGUAAGAAUAUCAACAGCGAGUUACUCAAUAUGCUCACAGAAGAGGUCAUCUUCGAUAUGUCAUUUCAGAAUGAGCGCACUCUAUGUUCAUUUGAAAUUCAACAAUUGGAAACCAAAGGGCUGUCUAAGAUCAGUAUAACUGGGAUUUUGAGAGGUGAUGCUAUGAUAACCACACCAAUGGGUCAGACUCUCUACAGAAUUACCUCCCCUUCCUUCAUUAAUAAACCUCAUGAAAUUCCCAUGGAUAUCAACAUCCAUUUCAUGUUCAGGUGUACCCGAGAUUAUUACUAUGACGAUCCACACAAGGACUGGGUCAUCAAUGGAUUUACUUUCCUCAUAGAUGUCCCAGAUUUAUUUAUAGCCUACAUACUUUAAUUGUGUUUUAAAUUUAAGAUAUUGAUAUUUGAAUGAUAUUGAAUUUCAAAACAAACAAUUUUUGUAUCAUGUGAAUAUGAAAAUUAAAUUCAAUGUAAAUUUGUGUACAAAUAAAGUUGCUUCAGA